CAUCUGGUCAUUGUUACCAACGUAGUUUCAGCGACACACAAGCUACCUUCCCUAAAAUAGCACUGCAAGGGAGGAACGCAUUGAAUUGGGCUCAUUCACAUACUACAGCUAUUGACGUCUGCGUUCGUAAUGACCCUACAGAUAGUGACAGCUGUCAAUAAUACCACACUGAUCCAACCUGGGUUUUCACUGCUGCGUUUUGGGAGCCAUUUAUUUUUCUUUGGACAGAAAGGCUGGCCAAAGCGUUCAUGCCCCACAGGGGUCUUCUUGGUGGAUUUAAAAAACAAUGAACUUAAACUACGCCCCACCAUGUUUAACAAUGACUCUUGCUACUUACCUCCUCUGAGGAACCCAGCUGUCUGCAGUCUUCCUACAAACUCUGGCAAUGAAGACACACAGUAUCUUAUACAUGGAGGGAAGACACCGAACAAUGAGUUAUCUUCCAAGCUAUACAUGAUGUCUGUGGCACCACUGACCAACAAGAAAAUUAUUCUUUGCUGUUCUGAGAAAGAGAUAGAAGGAGACAUCCCAGAAGCAAGAUAUGGCCAUUCCAUGAAUGUAGUACAUAGCCGAGACAAAUCAGCAGUGGUAAUCUUUGGUGGAAGGUCUUACUUGCCAUUGAAUCAACGAACAACAGAAAACUGGAACUGUGUGGUUGACUGCCAGCCAUUGCUUUAUCUUAUUGAUCUUCAGUUUGGAUGUUCAAGUUCUUACUUGAUUCCUGAACUUCAGGAUGGAAUUUCCUUCCAUUCAUCAUUAGCUAAGAAUGACAUUAUUUAUAUUUUAGGAGGACAUUCAUAUGAAAAUAAUCUCAGAGCCCGAAACAUCUAUAGGAUUAAGGUUGACCUACCACUUGGGAGUCCAAAGGUAACUUGUGAAGUCCUACAAGGCAGCAUUUCCUUCUCCAGUGCUAUUGUAACCAAAACCAGCCCUGAUGAGUUCCUGAUUGUUGGUGGGUAUGAGUCUGACAGUAAUAAAAGACUUACUUGUAACAGAGUUUCCCUAAGUGAUGACUCUAUUGAUAUCCAAGAAUUUGAGUCUCCAGAUUGGACAGCGGAGAUUAAACAUAGCAAAACUUGGUUUGGUGGUGAUAUGGGCCAUGGAGUAGUUUUAAUAGGUGUCCCAGGUGAUAAUAAGCACCAACCUUCAGAAAGCAACUUCUACUUUUAUGUAUUAAACCUUGGGCAAAAUGAGGACUUGAUGUUGCAGUCAUGUAGCCAAGAAUCUCUAGAAGAACAAGAAGACUCAAUGCCUCUUGAAGACUCUGAAGAGUUUACAUUCAACAUUUUUAAUGAAGAUGUGUAUAACGAAGAUGAUGAAGAAGAUGAGUCAGUGACUGGAUACUGGAUUACAUGCUGUGCGGACUGUAUUGUGGAUAUAAAUACUUGGGUACCAUUCUACUCUACCGAGCUCAACAAACCAGCCAUGAUCUACUGCUCUAGUGAAGGUGGGCAUUGGGUGCAUUCCCAGUGUAUGGACCUAUCAGAGAGUAUGCUCGUCCAUCUGUCUGAAAACGAUAUCAAGUAUUUCUGCAAGGAACAUGUUAACUUGGCAAGAGGCCUUCAAACACCAAAGAAGGACAACCCUGUCAUGAAGCCAUCAAUGAAAAAGGUUGGGAAGAAGCCAUUGGUCAGGAGAUUGUCAGAAGUAAAGAAAUCUUUUCUCAGACGUUUGUUUGAUUGAUUACUUUGAUUUCUGUGAGAUUCAGUACUUUGAUAACCCUAAAGAUUUAUCUCAGUAACCAGAAUUUUUAAUGCUAAUUAGAACUGAAAAUGUAUACAGGUAUACAGUAAUGUGAUUAAAGCCUUUGCAAAAUGUAUAAAAAAUAUUUCUUUUAGGAUGUAAUUUAAAACAGUUCUGGGAGUACAACUCAGUUGAUUUUUAAUGGGACAUGGUACAGCCAAGUUAUACACAGACCCCCAGCAGGGGGUCUCCGUACAAUUACACACAAACUCCUCCCCUGUGCCUGGGAGAU